AUAUGCACAUAUUAAAUUAGAUUUGACAAUUUAAUUUUAUACAAAUAAUAAAUUAUAUUAGAUAUAUAUAUAUUCUUAAUAAUUUUUUCUGCCCAUUUUUCACACAAAGCCGUAAAAAUUAGGGCAUACACUUCUAUUAUGCACUAGUAUAUUGGCAUGUGAAAUUGUUCUAAUAUUAAUGUUAUGAUGUUACAUUGAAGAAGAACUGAGGGCUCUGUUUUCAACGCGUUUACGUUGACGCGGGAAUUUCUUAUUUCUCCAAUGAGGUGACUGGCUUCCAGUCUUCCACAUCUCACCCUCGACGAAGCUACCCAGUAAAUUCACCAGUCUUCCAUGGCAAACCCUACUUUCCACCACAAACAAACAAACACAGAGAGACAGAUGACAGAGAGAGUCACAUCCAGAGUCUACCCAAACUGCAGCCGGAUGUUAAACUGAUCCAACCUUUUCUUAUCUUCGUUUUAGUUAGUUUCUUCCUCAGGAGUCCAUCCGUGAACUUCUCAGCUUCUUCCUCAGUCUCUCUAAUGGCUUUUGUUCAUAGAAAACUAUUGCCGGCAGAACCUAGGUCGAACCCUACCGAAAAGGGGUGUUCAAAAUUCUGUGAUGAUGAAAAUGUGAUCGAUCGUUGUCCGAAAUCAUGCGUCUUGGAAUGCCCUUCUCGCUGCUCCAACCUUUCAAAUUCAGAAUCAGAUCCUGUUUCUGAUCCAUCCGAUCAAAUCGAGCAUCAUGUCCACCAUUUUACCAUAUCUGUCGCGCUUCUCAUCGUGUUCUGCAUGAUCGGCAUCCUGAUUUUUUUCGCCGUCUCGUGGAUUAUCAUUUUCAAAUGCUUUCCCGAGGAGAGCAGUUCGGAUUCAACGCAAUCCGAUGAUACCGAGGAAGAAGAUUUUCUGGACUCGAAUCGCGGCCCAACUUUACCCCACCCUAUCUGGUUCAUCAACACCGUCGGCCUCCAACAAUCCGCCAUUGAUGCCAUUACCAUCUGCAAGUACAAAGCAGGGGACGGUUUGGUUGAAGGGACGGAGUGCUCUGUAUGCCUCGCUGAGUUUCAAGAGGACGAGAGCCUCCGGCUUCUCCCCAAGUGCAGCCACGCGUUUCACCUCCCGUGUAUCGAUACCUGGUUGAGAUCCCACAAGAACUGUCCCCUGUGUCGAGCUCCUGUAAUCGCCGAAGGCGAUAAUCUGAACCCGGCGGAUUCAAAUUCGAGUGUUUCCGGUACGGCGGAAGAAACCCAGAUGGAGAAUUACGAAAAUCACGGCUCAGAACAACUGGGAGAAGGCGGGACUAGCGAAAUGAGAGAUGACGAUCGGGAUUUGGGGGCAUUGCCGACAGGAGACGAAAGGUUCCGGCCUUUUUCCGGCGUGUCGAACUGUGAACUCCGAGUGGUGGUAAGCGAUUUGACGGACGAAAAUCGUUCCGUAGAAGAAUUGCAGCUAGUGAGGAGGUCGUUUUCCUUCGAUUCACCUUCUGCGUUGGCUAUUCAUAACGCCGCGGCGAGUGUUCUCGUUCAUCCGUCAGAGCAGGGAGGAACUGCAGCAGAUUCGCAUAUGGAAGAGGGCAAGAGGAUGAAGAAAUUGAUUGUGGGGAAGAAGGGAUUUGGGAAUUUGAGUUUGUGCAAGAUGAUGAAAAGUUAUUCUCUGGGGCGGUGUUUGGAUAUGGGUCCUGUUUCGAUGAAGAGGUCAUUCUCCGGUGGAAAGGUUUUGGGUUGCAUACAGAACAGAAGACACAGCUCAUCCCUCUUCCCGUAGAGAACAUGAAGCUCUGUUCUGUUUGGUGUAUAUAUAAUUCUGCUAUAGCCUCAGAUCAGUUUGCAGAAGAACAGAGUCAUCAUCUUCUCUGUUUUUUUUUUUUUUUUUUUUUUUUGAGUGUGGAAUUUGGCAUGUUUCAGAUGAUUAAUGCGUUGAAUUCAUGAGAACAUCACCAUA